AUGUCGUCCCCCGUUCCCGGUGGCACCAUCGACGACUUCUUGGACGACCAGCCUGAAGAACCACCUGGUGACGGAGAUUCUGAGCACCUUGACGGUGAAGAGGCUGAAGAGGAGCAUCCUGACCUCCUUGAUGAUCAGGACGAAGAGCUACUUCCGGAACCUCCUCGAGGUGGCGCUUCGGCGAGAGGCCGCCAAGGUCUCAGAACGGGCUCUCAGGCGGGAUCGUCUGGAGGAGCCUCUAACGGGAGGCGGCCGGCACUUGGCAAUCACGGCGACGCCAAGACGGCCGCGAAGGACGAUGAUGGCAAGGCGCGAGCUCAGCGGCGACCUCGUGGGAACCUUCCUACGGCACCCGUGUUUGACGGCGACAAGCGGAAGGACCCUAAGUGCUUCAAGAAGUACGCGGCGAAGGUCGACAGCUACGUGGAGAUCGCCAAGAACAUCAUCGACGACUCCGAGAUAGGCCUCCGCUUGCACGCGGCUCUGGAGGGCGAAGCGGCGGACUACUUGGAGGAUAUCCCGGCCCGGACCUUUGGAGUUGACUCCGGAUGGCAGGUGCUUCUCAAGUUGCUGCAAGACAAGUACGACGAGAAGCGCAUGCACAAGGUGGGUUCUGCGAUGCAGGGCUUCUUUAAGCUGAACUUGAGCGACCGCCAGUACACCAUGCUCGAGACGGCGGAUGCCAUGGACCGGGCAGCUCGUCGCUGCCGAGAGGCGAACUUGGUGAUCCCCGACGAGAUCAUGAUCUACUUCUUCUUCGAGCACGCCCAGCUGUCCACGGAGCGCCAAGCGAACCUUUUGCUCAGGACCUCGGGUGAGUACGACUGGAAGAAGCUGAAGCAGGCGGUAGAGCUCCUGUACCAGAACGUUACCGUCCGCGCCGGUGCUUCUGCUCGUCCCGACCAAGGCCAUCGAGGACGGCAAAGGGGGGCACACGAGACUCACCGUGAAGAGUGGGACUUUUGGGGAAAAGCUCCGGAUUGGAAUGCGACCGAGGAGCAGCUCCAGAACUUUCUCUACGACCACGACCCCGUCGAGAACUUGGCCGAAUGCGAGCUCGCUUACGAGAUCCCGGAGGACAUGGCCCGGGAGCUGCACACGUGCUUCCAGACGCACAGGGAGAAUAGGCAGCGGCUGGCAAAGGCCGUGCAGGCACGUGGCUUCUACGUCGGCGGCUCAAAGGGCAAGGCCAAGGGAUCAAAGGGGGCCGGCAAAGGCAAAGGGAAGUCCAAGGGCAAGAAGGGGCUCGGGAAGGCCCGCGGAAUGUCCUUGGAGGAGCUGAAGGCUAAGACCACCUGCGCCAUUUGUGGUCAAGUCGGCCAUUGGAAAGGCGAUCCUCAGUGCCGCGGGAAGUCCGCGAAUGAAGCCUCCCGCACCACAGGCGAGGAGAACACCGAGGACGCCGAGGACUGGUACGGCUACGACGGCGAGUACACGGCGGAGCAGUGGGCGGCAUGGGAAGCGGAGCGUUAUGGAUAUGAGGAGCGAUCGACCUAUGUGGCGUCGCGCCCUACCACGACCAGCUCUCCGACCCCUACGGCGGCCCCGACUACGACCCCUAUGACAACUACGACCUCGAGCCCUUCGGCGGCGGCGCUAGAGGCAGAAGCUCGAGCCGUUGCACGUGGCAUCAACCGGGUGCGAGGUCGGGCUAAGGAGUCGGUCGCAGCCUCUGCCGGCGCCGAUGCAGCUACGCAGGUGAAGACGGACCGCUUCCUCGUGCAGGCCGAGGCCGUGAAGGAGAAGAUUAAGUCAGCCAAUAUGCCGGUCAUGUCGCCAAGCCCGGCCCCGGAGGCGGUGAAGAAAGCGUUCGAGCACUUUGGCCUUACGAUGGCUACCCCUACGGGAGCGACCGUGCGGGAGUUGCUGGACAACUCUGCGAAGGCCGUUGAUGUGGAGAGCCUUCGCAAGGCUAUGGUGGCGACCCGGGCGGUUCGCACAGUGGACUACGACUUCUCCUUGUCGUCGCCCCGGGCGGUUCACUCGAACAUGCGGCGCUCUCCGACGGUCUCCGACGGCAAGACCUACCUGACGCUCGACACCGCAUGUGAGAACACCGUGGCGGGCACGAGCAUCCUCCAGAGCCUCAACGCGGUGUGGGAGCGCAGGUUCAGCCUGCAGCCGAAGAUCGAGCCUGAGUCCGAAACUUAUUGUUUCGGCCCGGGCGAACCGGUGACUUCCCUGGAGCGAUGGUAUGUGCCGAUCGGGAUUCGUGGGGCCAACUCCGUGAUUUGUUCGUCUUCCAUUCCGGACACUGUGGGUUCGAAGAUUCCCUUCCUUGCUGGCCAGGACUGGUUGGUCUUCGUCGACGCGUGCAUCGACGUGGGCCGGAGCGAGGUGGUGCUGAGAGAGCUCAACGUGACGGCCCCGAUCUACAUUGACGUCACGGGACACCUCGUGCUGGCCAUCGACGAGAUCGAGGAAUGGCCUAAAGGAGUUGUGGCCCGCAAGAAUGGCUACCCGGGCGUGCUGUUCGAGGGCGACGGGAGGUCAGCAUGUCAGACUUCCAAGGCCGAGGCCCGAGUAGAAAGUCCGUUUGCACCGGGUGAGUUCGGGAAUCAUUUCGCCCCCACACAUGUGUAUGAGCCCAUUACCGCAAAAGAGCAAGCACAGCCAUGCACAGUACCAACCGAUAUGUGGGAGUUUUUGAUCGACAGUCAAGUGUAUGUGCGGCACCAUCGCAGGCCACGACGUGAACUGUUCAGCCCUGAGGAAUUUUUGGAUGGACCCGACCCGCGGGACCUACAGGAUGUGCGUGUCACCCUCUUAUCCAACGAGGCAGAGCCUGUGAUCGACUCGUGGAGAGGGGUGACAAAUGUUCCGAGGGAGCCUUGGGUAGGUGUGACGUACUUCUUCGGCAAGGGCGCAAAGUGCAUCACUUUGAUCUCAGCAGUGCCCAGCGUCUUGACCUACACCAUGCAGCCCACCUUGAUAUCCCUCGUUCACAUCGGAAGGGUCGCUUUGAGGUUCCGCUCGGUGAGUUUGGCUCCGAGCACAGCAAGAGUAGACCUCAACCGCGCGAUCGAUCACAUGCGACCAUCCUCGGCGGCGGCUUCUUCGAGCAACCGCAGGCAGCGAUGCGCCGACUGGGGGCGCAUGGCGACGGGGCUGGUGGACCUGAUCCACCUCCACCAGGACCUCGAGGCCCACAUCGUGACGAUGAGGCUGGCCAAGCACCGGGCUCCUUCCGUGAUGGCGGGCCUGGAUGCAAUGGCGAAAGUCGAGAAGGGCCCCGAGAUGAUGCCGGGCACAGCACCUCCAGUGACGACGACAGCUCCGGGACAGAUCAAGCGGACCGGGGGAAUGUAUCCUCAAAAGGUGGAGCAGUGCCGGCACCACCCCGACCUGGCGAGGAGGACGGGCAACAACCACGGCCAGUUCAUGGAGUGCUUGGCGUGCGGGAAGAUGUGGAAAGCCGUGACCUACACCGUGCCGUACACCGGGGAGACGAUGCCCGUGUAUGUCAAGGAUCACGGCCGCCGAAUGUACCCCGGAGGCAAGAUCAGCAAGAAGGGCGUCAUUCCCGACACCGGGGGCCGCUUUCCAAGCUUGCCGGAGUGUUACUCGUCACGCUCGGCUCCAUCCUUGGCGGCCCCACCGAAGGAUACUGUGCCGACCGCGCGCAAGACCUCUGUCACCAAGCGCAAGGAUUCGACGGCUCUCUCCUCGACGAGUGGCCACACCGAGGGGCCGAUGCAGGAGGACGAGGAGACCGAGGAGCCGGUGGACCUGCGCAAGCUCACGCCGGAGGAGCGCGAGCGGGUGCAACGGGUGGCGGCCCAACGCUUGGAGGAUCGUCGCCAGGACGAGGCCCGGGCACGGCGAGAUCACGAAGCCCGAGCUCGGGAGAAGUACCUGAAUCCGGGCGGUGGGCCCAAGCUGCGGGUCGGAUUCGAGGAGCCGCUGGUCAAGAAGGAGCUGGCGAACAAGGAGGCGCCGGCGGUCAAGAAGAGUGGCACCAAGGUUUCCGAAGCGGACCGGGUGUCCAUUUCGAGCAGCAGCUUCUCGGACGUGGCGGUGGUGACGGACCCGGAGGAGUAG